CCUCCAGUAAACUGCGGGAGCUGACCGAAGCUAAUACAUAAUACUCUGGCCACAUUAUAAUCUUUUGGUUAACAACUAUUAGCAUAAAAUCACCCCCUUAUCUCAGUCAUACCCUGGAAAUAAAGCUAAGGUAACACUAGCAUCAUCUCCUCGACCUUAAUGUCAUGCUAACCGGCGGCUAGUUAGCUAGCUGCUAAGUUAGCUGCUUUAGUGAAUGUUGGCCUAAAUGGGUAAGGAAUUAAGAAAUCCCCACGGUCAGCUAACUGCUUACACAACGUGUGUGAUAGUUUAAGAGGGAAUUAUUUUAAAAUGGACCUUAAUUUUUACUCGGACCUGUCGGACGGGUGUGCUCAAAAUGUUGAUACGGAGUUUUUGGACACUCAAGCUUACGGUGGAUACUCUGAAGAAAAUAAGUUUCCAGAGGGCAACGACAAUUAUAUGACUAUCAGCGGACCGGGACACCCUUUUCUAUCCGCGGAGCAGACAUUUCAUACUCCCAGCCUCGGGGAUGAGGUUUUUGAGAUCCCCCCCAUCUCCCUUGACCCGGACCCGUCCCUGAGCAUCACUGACGCUGUGUCACACUUUGAGUUGUCCGAUGGGUCCGACAGCACCGGGGGACCUCCGGGCUCCCGCAGCCUCGUCAGCAACCUGGUGGUGGAGGCUAACGACCCAUCCUUCGCCUCCACCUUCGUGAACAGCGGGUCCCAGGGCCUGGGGCAGCUGAACCUCGGGGCUAUGGGACAGUCUGGAGGGGGAGCCCUACUGAGCUCCUCUGCAUUGGAACUGGGUAAUACCAGUGGGUCACACUUUAGCAGUUCGUCCCCCAUGACCAUUGAUGUUCAGCUUGGUGACAUUGGUCAUGGACUACUGGGAAGCAGUCAGCUGACUACCAUUAACCAGUCAGAGCUGACAAUGGGUCUUGGGGGUGAAAACAUCAGGCAUCAUUCAGGGACACCUGACCAGCCGCUGUCAGCAACACCGUCUCCAGCUGGCUCCCUACAGGAUGAGGACAUGGAUGACUUCAAGAGGAGUGUGCUCAUAGACUCCCCCAUGUCUCUCUCCUCCUCCGGCCUCUCCCACAUGUCCUCCCACCCAGCUCUCCUGUCUUCCGUGUCGCCGGCCGGGGUGAGGAGGGGAGGGGGAAAGCCUGCCACAUUGGCCGCAGUGACCGGGGCAGUGGGCGCAAAGAAAGGAAGGAAGAAGAAAGACCCCAAUGAGCCACAGAAGCCAGUUUCAGCGUAUGCCCUGUUCUUCAGAGACACCCAGGCUGCCAUCAAGGGCCAGAAUCCCAACGCCUCAUUUGGUGAGGUGUCAAAGAUUGUGGCGUCCAUGUGGGACAGCCUGGCUGAGGAGCAGAAACAGGUGUAUAAGAGAAAGACAGAAGCAGCUAAAAGGGAGUAUUUAAAAGCACUGGCAGCUUAUAAAGCCAACCAGCUCUCACAGCCUGCCACCGAGGAGAUAGAGAUGCCCCCUUCACCACCUCCACCUAUGGGCAACUUGACUCCUGCAACCCUUCUCCCUGCAGGUGCCCAGGCCAUCCGCCCCGCUAUCAACAACCUCGAAGAAAACACCAUCACCAACAUUUGCGCCUCCAACAUCAUUCUGGACGUCCCGGAGAUGACCACACGUUCCCGCACGGGGGCAAACAAAACCACUGCAACACCAGCAGCGGCCCUCCCAGCCCAGCCCAUCACUAAGAUCAUCAUCCCCAAGCACCUGCUGCAAGCGGGGGGUCAGGUCGUGACCGUUUUGCAAGGAGGGGUCCGCACUAUGCAGCCCACGCUGGUUGUCUCGGGUGCCUCUCGUCAGCCACCGCCACUGCAGCAGAUGCAGAACGCGCCGCCCCCGCCACGGCUACAACAGAUGGCACCAGCACCUCCACCCUUGCAGGCCAAGCCCAGAGAGGGGAACACCACAGCAGGCAUCCCCAUGUCUGUCACAGCCACAUCGCCGCCUCCGCUCCAGAUAAAAAUAGUUCCAGCCUCUUUACCUGGAAAAGAGGCCCUGCCGAUUAUUGUCCCCACGACAGCGGCAUCAGUGACUACAUCUGCCCAAUCUGCACCUGUUGUUAAUGUGCAGGUGGUGAAUUCUGCCGACACAUCACUAAAUCCCGACGAGGAUGUAGUUGCAGAAAUGCUACCUUCAGAAGAGGAUGAGAUGGAGGUAUCAGAGUAUAGCGAGGCCACCUCUUUGAAGAGCGUGUGUGUGAGGGCCGGCUGUAACAACCCAGCAGUGGAGAGCGACGACUGGGACAAAGAAUACUGCAGCAACGAAUGCGUGGCCGAUCACUGCAGAGAUAUAUUCAUGGCGUGGUGCUCCAUCAAGAGUCACAACCUGGGGACGGUGAAAUAAAGAGCAGCUACUACCAACCACUUCAAAUGCUUGUUUUUCCACAGUGUUACUAAAUGACUAGCGGAGGACAGAGAUGUCAAAAACCACAUUUCCCUGCAAAUACACAUGUGUCAAAGUUCUCAUUGUUGUUUUUUUUCUACAUGCACAAUACUGGAUGAACUUGGCUGCUGUUCAGGAGUUAUGACAGAAAUCCCCUGCUGGGACUUGAUGGCAUACAGACUAUUCUAAUGACAGGCACGUCCUCAGUGUGGAUAAUUAUGUAGUGUUACGUUUCAGUACGUAUACCGCUUUUAGUCAAGCAUCAAGGGACUUUGAGGCAGCUAAAAGAAAAAAAAACAUCAGCACAAUUAAGCAAGAAACAUGGCCAAGACAACAAUAAUCUCAGUUUUUUCUUU